ACUAUAGGUCUGUAGGUGUCUUCAUGUUUGUCAUUUCAUCUUGUUUUCAUUGAUACAAGUUUGAAGUAUAAACAAAGACAAACAUGGGGAAAAUUGAUGAUAAAACGAGACCAAGUGAUGCUUUAUUGAGAGGUUUCACAAGUAGCAGCAAUGACAAUGAUUCUGAGUACAGUCAGGAUCCACUGAGGCUAAAGUUAAUGAAAAAACUUCAAAAUCAUGGCAUUCAAGCAGAGAGUGGGACCCCAUCAAACCUUGUUAGGACAGAAUCUUCACCAGUAGAACAUUUAAUGGGACAAAUGUUGGACAACCAACGUGGCACCCUUGAUGUCCUGGUUAGAGGAAAUAGAACUGAGGUGUCCUCUCCCUGUAUAGGUAUUUCAGGUAAAACUGAGAACCAGCUGGAUCAAGGGAUGAAAAUAAAAUCCUGGAAAACAAGACUAGAAGAAUCUUUUUCUGGGAUGUUGCCUGCUUCAGUGAAGCCAAAUCUGCCAGGACCUACAUGGAUCAAGAAAGUUCAUCCAGAUCUAGCUAUAAUAAAAUUUGUUCAAGGAAUAAGAAAAUACCUUUCCAAAGAGCAUGGAAAAGUACAUAUAUGUCGCACCUUUUUAAAGAACUUAAUGGCAGCAACUGUGAUGUGUACCAAACUCUUUGACACCAAAUGGGGUUUUAUAACUUUUGGUUUUUUUAUGUGUCUGCUCUUCAGCACGGCCGGAUCAACUGAGGUGACUGAAGAGUGCCUUAUGUCAACCAUAAAAACUAUAAGGAAAGCUUCAAAGUGCCCUACAAACAGAAGUGAUUGGGACAAAGCUGCAAACCUUAUGAACUGCCAAGGUUUAGUUCCAUCCCAGUGUACCACCUUAAAAUACCACUGUGUAAUGAAUGGUUUUGGUAAUGAAACAAUAGAAGUUUGUGCAGUUCCCAAAUACAUUCAACCUGGGUAUUGUGCAGAAUUCAACAAACUAGGCAAAAAAAUCCAAAACCACCGUCAUUUCUAUCCUAAAGGAAUUAAAAAAGUUUACAUUUCAACAGAUAUAUAUAAAUACCCACAAUGCUAUGAAAAUGUGCAGAAAACAACAAAGAGACCAUCUACUGAAACAAUGAGUGUUACAAAACCCUCACAUACAACAGUGUCUCCAGCUCAAACAACUCCCAGGGCAAUCUGGAGAAGUGAGGAUAGUGACUCCACUAGUGCUUCUGACAGGAAAUUUGGACUUAUUGGUAUUCUGCUUGGCAUUGUCCUACCAAUUAUAGUUUUUGGUCUGUUAAUAUGCAAAUACAGGAGAAAAAGAGGACAAGGGGAUUCCAGUGAAAGAGAAGCAUUCAUAGAGGAGAAUGUAAAUGAACAGAGGGAUCGUCCGAGGACUCAAGAAGUAAAUGGUGUUGGAAAUAAUAAAGAAGAUGGUACUGCAACACAUGCAAGGAACGAAUUUUUUCACUCAAAUGGACACCCCACUAUUUGUUGGUGGAGGGCUGCAAAUUUACACUUAUGCUCGGCCCUCAGUGCCAUUGAGCAGUUGGAGAUCUUUAUCAUGUCAGAGCCUAAUGCAAUAAGAUAACAUUACAUGUGUAGAGGAUGACACAGUCAGGCAACCUUUCAAUGAAAAUCGUCCUUCAUAAAUGUGAUGACAUGGUGUACAUUGCGAGGAUAUAAAACAUUGAAUGUGAUUCUCACAGGGAAAGUGACUUGUUUGUAUAUAAAGAGAAUUAAAGUACAGUAUAAAUGGCUUUUUCGACAGAUGUGUUCAUUUUUUUCAUUUGUUGACAUGUUAAUUUAAAGAUAAUCAUUCAAUCAUGUAGGGAUUUUUUUUAUAUAUUUUAAAUUGUGUAAACGUGUGCUUUUUUUGUUUGUGAUGAUGGUCAUAAAAUGCAAUGUGUUUACCAUGAACAAAUCUGUUGUUUGAUAUUUAUUUAAACUUGUGAUUAGGAAUAUCAGGAAUAUUUGAAUGGAAGCAAAAAAUGUUAACUAAUAAAGGAGGCUGGGGGGGGGGGGG